CACUGAAUAUUUUUUCAAUUCAUACUUGUUAUACGACUUCGAAGCGAUGAGCUCUCAGAAGCCGCAUUUUCGAAUGUCAGCGAAAGAGGGUGUUUCGAAACGUAAAUCGGUUGAUAGGUAUGAAAGAAUUGCAAAUCUGUUAGAAUUAUUUUUAAAGGGGAAGUUACAACACAAUUGUAAAUUCACCAGUUUACCAGAAAAUUAUUUUCUAAUCGACGAAAUAAUUCAACUGCCAGAAUUUAAGAAGGAAAAUUGUACAUAUGAAGAUCUUGUUGAAGUGGUUCAUAAUGAUGCAUUAUUACGCUUCAGUGUUAGAGGAUCCAAAGUUCGCUUGAAACCACCUGAAUUAAAUAAGGAUCCUGAUGUUAUUUUAUCAAAGAAGUUAGCUUGGAUUCUACGUCAUGGAGCAGAAAAUGUUGGAUUAAAAUAUGAACCUGGUGGCUACCUUUACUUAGACAAAAUACUUGAAUUAAAACCAUUUCAAGGUGUUAAAGUUGAAGAUAUUUCACGUGUUGUCAAUUCCAAUGAUAAAAAACGCUAUGAACUUUCCGUACAUCCUGAAAAUCAUCGCCUACGGAUAAGAGCUUUUCAAGGUCACAGUGUUAACAUUGAAGGGCUUGAUAUAACACUGAUUGAAAAUCCUCAGGAUUAUCCAACUGUUGUACACGGAACUUACUUUCGUAAUUGGGAUGGUAUCCGCAGGGAAGGCUUAAAACGUAUGGGUAGAACACAUAUACAUUUUGCUCCUGGAGAAGUUGGUGAAUCAGGUGUUAUCAGUGGAAUGCGAUCCAGUGCUGAGAUUGUCAUUUAUAUUGACAUUAUGAAAGCAGUGAAUGAUGGCUAUAAAUUUUAUCUAUCAAAAAAUAAUGUGAUUCUUUGUGAAGGGAAUAGUGAAGGCUGUCUACCGACUAAAUACUUUCUUGCUGCUUAUCAACGUCGACCACGUUCGGCAGCAGAUCAGGGUAGCAGUAUUGGCUGCAGUUGUUUCUUUUGCACUCAGAGCUCCGAUUGAUUUAACCGAACUACAAUGGCCUCUUUUGUUUGGAAUGUUCAGUAUCCAGAGGUAUUCGAUAAUUUACUUUAUGCUCGAUAGAUGUAGUGGUCUGUUUGGACGAGGUGAUCUAAUAUAGAACCGCUGAUGGUUACAAUCACACUUUUAUUCAGCUACACUGGUAUAAAACUCUCACUUGAACCUUAAACUUGUCGGAUAGGUGAAAAUUUGAAUUGGGUGCUCAAUCAUCAUCUGUUGUGUAUAGAUUCGUUUUGUUAAGUAUUUGCAUUAAUCUGUGGUAUGAUAUGAUAUGGAUUUUACAGUUCUUUUGCUGUACAUCCUCUCAUAUAUCGUGACUGUUGUCUCCACUUUCAACAACAAAUUUAAUCACCUGUUUGACACUUGUAUUUAUUUAUCUAUACAUAUGAUUGAUUUUGUACUAUUCCAUCAAUUAUUGCUCUGUUUUUUGUAGAUUCUCCAUUUUCUUUACAGUAAUUUAACUACUUGUGAUUUCGUAUAAGUUUGAACUAAUUUAUAUUUAAUUUUUUGACGUUGUCUUUCAUAUAAACUGACAUUAGCGUCGUACUUUUUAAAUUAACUUGAAACAUACUACUUAUCAUUUAUAAGUAGUAUGGUUGUCUUUUUGCAUAAACAAUUGUAAUUGUUCAGAUUUAUAUCGCUUUCAUACCAUCAACUUUAGUGUUUUUUCUAUACACACUAUUUAUUUACGAAGUUUUUAUUCAUACUGAAUUAUAUUCUCCUUAUAUCACAU